GCUACUUCCGGUGAGUGGAGCUCAGUCAGCUGUCACUGGAUCUGAAGCACAGAAACAAACAGGACGUGAAAUGUCGAGUUUUAACGAAAGGUUCAGUUCCUACACGAUGAGCCAACUCAACGAAGUCCUGGAGGACGACGAGAAGCUCAGCGACAUGGUGCAGGACAUGGAGGAGAUGCAGGGGGUGCAGCAGAGCAAGGAGACGCUGGUGAGCAACCGGACCCUCGCUGAGCAGAACCUGGACCUGCAGCCCCGCCUGGAGCAGAGGAAGGAGACGCUGACCCAGCGAUACGCCCGCCUGGAGAACUUCGAGUCCUUCCAGCUGCGCAAAUCCACCCUCGACCACACGUCAGGAAACACCUCCCUGGACAUUCUGCUGGCCCUUCUUCAGGCGGAGGGAGCUAAAAUAGAGGAGGAGACAGAGAACAUGGCCGACUGCUUCCUGGACGGAGACAUGCCUCUGGACUCCUUCAUCGACUCGUACCAGAGCAACAGGAAGCUGGCCCACCUGCGGAGGGUGAAGAUCGAGAAGCUUCAGGAGAUGGUGAUGAACGGCCAUCGGCUCCCCACGGUCCCAAACUCUCGAUCUCAGGACGUUCCUUCGUCUGUCGCCUCGCUGAUUAACGGCAGCAGCGGAUCGUCUCCCGCUGCUCAACCCAGGAGGAAAAACCCUCCGUCCCAACCGGCGCCAAUUCUCAACCAAUAUCCCGCCGCCGAACCCCCUGCUGUCUACUCUCCGUACCCGCCGAUUCCUCCCAGAACGGGUCAACCUUUCCCCAACGUCUCUUCUGGAUACCCCGCCCACUUCAUGUCUCAGUACCCCCCCGCCGUGCCUCAGAGGCCCGCCCCUCGUCUGGCCCCGACGCCCGGCUUCAUCAUGCAGUAAACAACACUCUUGACUUUUUAAUCACUUUACUGGAAAAACUCCUCUUGAGAACUAUUUUUCUACGACGCCUUCUCGGGGGAAAUCGCGGGAAACAAGGCGGACGUGCAGCGGCUGGUCGGGUCGGCUGAAGCAGAUCUUAUCCCCGAAAAAGUGGAUUUCUUUUGCGCUCACUCCCAUUAUCUUAACACUCCAGAUCGGCCUCGCUGCCCUGCGUCCCUCCAGAGUAAGCGCAGGAGGAUCUUUCUCUCAGCACCUUUCAAACAAGCUUUUCCGGAGCACAUUUAAAAAUAAAAGAUUUGAUUUCCACCCGCAGCAUAAUGAAUCAGCGGUAUAUGCAAACAAAGAGAGACCCUAAUUACUGUGCAGGCUUCAGGAGAAUCUGCAUCUAUGCUGUGAUUUUACUUUCUCUUUUUUAUUCUAAAUUCACAAGGUACAUAGGAACAUAUUGAAGCUUCUUUUUUUAUAAAAUAUAGUACUAAUGGAGUUAAUAUUAGACUGAUAUUAACGUGUGUGAAGGUGUUUUUUCUCGGGGUGUCUCCUGGUCCAAGAGGGCCGAGCGUUGACCUCAGAAGUCAAAGGGAGUGGAAGAAGAGACGAUGAACUGUCGUAGUAAUCGAGGAGGCGAGUGCAGCCUCGUGCUAAAUGAAGGAUUUUGUAUAGCCAUACUGAUGUUCUCCGUGGGUUCUUGUCGUCCUGCAGCACUCCUUUAUACUGUCCUCUGUCUUAAGGUGCGUUCACAACCGGACGUGGAGCGAAUGUUUGCCUUUAAAGUUUGACCGCGGCAUCGUUGGCGUUUACUCGCGUCACCCAAAGUAGAUGCGCUGUCGAGGAGGUGGGGCUUAUCUCCAUAUAGAUACCAACACUAACAUAUAUGCCAUGGUGUAAAUAUAAUACACAAAAUGAUGCUGGAAUAACAUGAUACUGAUAUCGUUGCAUGUAAUGGAUAUCAAUCAGGCUAUGCUAAGCUACCGUAGCAGAUUCUCUGUCCCGCACAAAAUAACAUCAUACAGACAAUAAUAAAGCACAGACUGUA